AUGCAAAUUUUCGUUAAAACUCUUACCGGAAAGACGAUCACCCUUGAAGUUGAGUCGUCGGAUACAAUUGAUCAGGUUAAACAGAAGAUUCAGGAUAAGGAGGGAAUCCCUCCGGACCAGCAACGAUUGAUUUUUGCUGGUAAACAAUUAGAGGACGGUCGCACGUUAUCAGAUUACAACAUCCAGAAGGAAUCCACGCUUCACUUAGUGCUUCGACUUCGCGGUGGUAUGCAGAUUUUUGUAAAAACUCUUACUGGUAAAACUAUUACCCUUGAGGUUGAAUCAUCCGACACCAUCGACCAAGUGAAGCAGAAAAUUCAAGAUAAAGAAGGAAUUCCCCCGGAUCAGCAGCGUUUAAUCUUCGCCGGAAAACAAUUAGAAGAUGGCCGUACUCUCUCGGAUUAUAAUAUCCAAAAAGAAUCUACUUUGCAUUUAGUUCUCCGUCUUCGUGGCGGUAUGCAAAUUUUCGUCAAGACCCUCACGGGUAAAACUAUUACGCUUGAAGUAGAGUCAUCUGACACCAUCGAUCAAGUAAAACAAAAAAUUCAAGAUAAGGAAGGAAUCCCCCCGGAUCAGCAACGCUUGAUCUUCGCCGGUAAACAACUAGAAGAUGGUCGUACCCUCUCAGACUAUAAUAUCCAAAAGGAAUCUACUCUUCACUUAGUUCUUCGACUUCGUGGUGGUAUGCAAAUCUUUGUCAAAACCCUUACGGGUAAAACCAUUACUUUAGAAGUCGAAUCUUCUGACACCAUCGAUCAGGUUAAACAAAAAAUACAAGAUAAGGAAGGUAUUCCCCCGGACCAGCAACGUUUAAUUUUUGCAGGAAAACAAUUAGAAGAUGGUCGUACUUUAUCUGAUUAUAAUAUUCAGAAAGAAUCUACCCUUCAUUUGGUUCUCCGACUUCGUGGUGGUCAAUAA